ACCACACAUUACGUUCCUUCAUUCAUUGUCUCACAACCACAUUUGAAAACUUCUUGUGUUACUUUCUUAAAAAAUACUCAAUUAUAUUACAAUUUAAAGAACAAAAAUUUCAUACAUCAAUCUUUUGGGCAUUCCUCUUCCAAUGUCAAUCCUACCUCAACAAAAUAACCUCUUCAAAUCUUCUUAUGGCCAACAUGCUAUCAAAACCUACCAAAAUAUUACUCACACUCGAAUUCGAAUUGUUUGCACCGCCACAACUCCGGUAAAACCGAACCCUGGUCCAAACCGGGUAGUAUUCAAGCCUGGUCUGGUUCAAGUUAAAAUCGCAAAUGCACCAAGACCAGAUGAUCCAGACUUAAAAUCCACAUGGACUCAUCGAGCUUGGUUAGCUAGUGGGUGCACUACUAUGUUAGCAGCUCUAGCCAAAGCCAUCGUCGCUUCAGCUGGCUCCCAUAUUUGGGCGGAGCCAAUCUUAGCUGCGCUAACCGGGUAUGUCUUGGCAGAUCUUGGAUCUGGUGUUUAUCAUUGGGGGAUUGACAACUAUGGAGAUGCCACAACCCCACUAUUUGGUGGCCAAAUUGAGGCAUUCCAAGGGCACCACAAAUGGCCUUGGACAAUUACUAAACGCCAAUUCGCCAACAACCUUCAUGCAUUAGCUCGAGUCAUAACCUUCACAGUCUUACCCAUUAACCUCGUUCUAAACGACCCAACUCUAAUGGCAUUUGUUGGAUCAUUUUCAGGUUGUAUCAUGUUUAGCCAACAAUUUCAUGCAUGGUCCCACUCAACAAAGAGUAAGUUACCCCCAAUUGUAGUGGCAUUACAAGAUUUAGGAGUGUUAGUGUCACGUACACAACAUGCUGCACAUCAUCGUUCACCUUAUAAUAGUAAUUAUUGUAUAGUAAGUGGAAUUUGGAACAAGUUUUUAGAUGAAAAUAAGGUUUUUGAGGUGCUUGAAAUGGUGUUAUUCUUUCAGUUAGGGGUAAGGCCUAGGUCAUGGACUGAACCUGGCUUGGAAUGGGUUGAGGACACUUCUAAUACAUUGUCCUCUUAAUUUUUUUUUUAUUUUUUAAAAUUUGUAUAACAAUUCAUAUAAUGAUGUAUUUAUUGUCCAUUUUAAUUGUUUAUUGAUAUUGAUAAUUGAAUAAUUUAUUAUAGGGGCAAUGCCAAUGUUUUUGUUAGGGACCUUAGGGUUCAUCACAUACAAAU